GCGGACGAUCAAUUCUGCAGAAGACAUCUUCAUCGGGAUGUGCACCGGGUUCGAGUCAAGCGGUGAUCCGUCCGAGGGAGGAUAUUUGGGUUCCGAUGCUUCGUUCCAACUCCACCGCGGGGAGGAACGUGGCCGCUUCGACGACAACGAGGGGGUAGAAGAGGAGAGGACGUGGGGUUCACCGGUUAGAGGGGGAGACCGUAGGGUGCCGAGCAUUCUGGGGGUUGAGAUAAGAACACCGGUCGAGAAGCGGCCCUCGACGUCAGUCGGGGGUCACACAAUGGGGUCGGGGGGGAGGCCUGCUUGCGUCUUGUCCAGUGGAGAAGAGGGUGAACAGCAGUCAUCGCAAAAGAGAAGGGGAGAUUCACGUGGAGACGUGGCGGCCGCAUCAAAAAAACAGAAGACAAAGGCCACGCAGACGUCAGGGGGAAAAAGGAAGGGAGGGGAGGGGCAUGUGGGCGCUGCGAGUCGCAAACGCCCAUCCUCGGCGCAGAUUCAGCCCGUGUCCGUCCCUGUGCAGCAGACGGGUCCGAUCGACGUCGAUGUGGCGUAUUUCCUCGAAUGGAAAGAUGGCGUGCGCACAAAGCGCGAGAUACCCGUUAACCCGUCACAAGUUGUCGACAUCGGGGAGUGGGAAGCGGGGUACAAUGAGUGUUUCUUGGAUCCCGUGCAUACACAGCUAAUCAUCGACGCGAUGACGACGGCCUACUUGCAGGCCUCGAAGACUUACGAGCUGCCCACACUGAAGCUGGCGUCGUUGGGGCUAGAGAAAUCGAAGCCGGGGGUGUGUGCACAGCGUCUGAAGCCCGAGGACUGGAAGGACGAGCUGGCAGACCAGUACUACUACUACGCUGUUGUCGGCCUGCAUAACGUGGCCGCCACCAGGACGCUGCUUGGCACAGACGUGGCGGUGAGGUACAACUUCGAGAGGUGGCCUGCGCGAAUGGUGUACUUCUCCGACGCGGACUUCGAAGGGUAUUUUCUGGUGGAGUCUUGGCGCCGGUUUUGUGAAGAUGCGCUUCAAAAGACGGCGUACAAUCAUUUGUGGACACUCACUGACGACAAGACCGAGCAAGGCAUAAGGAAGCAGAACGCUGCCCUUCGAUCUUAUUUCCCGCUUGCGAUGGCCGGUAAGAGCGUGUGGAAAAUGGGAAUGGAAUUUUUCGAGAAAUGGGAGACGGACAGACUGCUGGCACCCGAAGGGGCGAAGUGGAUCGCGAAGAAGAAGAAGGUGAAGGGAGUGAAGGCCAGUGUGAGCCACAUCGAAAAUGAUAAGACCGGGCGAAAGGAGGUCGUCUACAACAUCCCCAUCGAUGCGCCUCAAAAGAAAGGAAAAAAAGAAAAGGAAUCCGACGACUGGUUCGUCCAAGUCAACGAGCCGGAUCCGCACAGCUGGAAAAGCAUGGAAGCCCUCACGGUCAAUGAGAAAUGUCGGCUGCUGAAGAAGGCUCUCAACUGCGAGGUGGUGUGGGUGCAGACCGGCUCCUCUGCGUUGGCAAAGCAAGGGAAGUUGGGGAUGCAAGAGGCAUUGGAUCUGGUGAAGUGCGACCGCAUCUUGGUGCGUUUAUGGAACUACUACCAGUUCAAGUAUGAGAAUCGGCCCGACUCCGAUUGCACGCGUUCCUAUCCCUUCCUGCGGAAAAGAGAGGCGAUUUUGGCGCAAGUCAAAAGCCAGGGACUGAAUGCAGCAUUGUGGGAUGGAAGCAGGAAACUCGUUGGAGACUUAUCGUUGUUCAGAGACUGUCCCCCGUUCAUGGGCUGCGAGGACGACAAGUCGAUCAAGGCGACAAAAAAACUGGUUCUCAACAAGAAGUUGUCCAUCGACUGGAAGAACAAGGUCCUUUCCGUGCUGACCGGCAGCAGGUCGAAGAGCAUGGAUGUCGCGCUCGCCGAAGGCAUGAUGAAGGUCGUCGAGUUGGAGAAAGCGGUUGGGAUCACGAAAUGUCACACUGUCGUUCUUGAUUUGUGCGAGCCUGUGGACAUCACACAGUGGACACAGCAAACUUUCGAGAGUUUGAAUGCCCUUCUACAACAUUUGUUCCCUUCGCACUGGACGGUCGUUGCUUUCGCCCCCCGGGAGCACGACUACCACUUCAUGACCAGUCUGCGCCAUCUGUCCGUUGUCAAGGCAAUGGCAGGAAAGUGGGUGAGGAGGCCGCAACAGAAGAAAAGCUUCGCAGUCGGCAACAACUUGUACUCAGUGGACGACCGCAUGUACAUCCUCUUCAAAGGUGACGACUUGCGGGAGAACACGUCUGUGGUUUACGACGCGAGGUUGGAGGCGGGUGAUGCUACUGCUGUGGGGGCACAUGUCAAAGUCACACCGACGGACGUCUCGGAGAUGUCGUUCGAGCCUUGUGAAUGGCCCCUGGUCAUACCUGGCCGUGACCGCAAAGUUUACAAGGACAUGGAACGGAACCCCGCGCAGUUGGCCCAUCUGCUGGAAUUCGUUUGCAAAAAGGGGGAGGGUGUCAUGUUUCUCGGGAAGGCGCACAAGCAAGUCGUGUGGGAGGCUUUGAAGGGCGGUCGCAACGUCAUCACGUUGGAGGGGAAUUCGGAGUUGCUGCAAUACACGUUGGAUUUCCUGAAAGGCGCGGUCAACUCGGGAGCCCACCGCUGGGAGUUAAUUUCGAGGACGGACAAACCGCGAAGCGUUUGGGAGCCGUCCACGGGCAUGUGGUUCAAACUAAGCGAGAGGAAAAGGGACAGGAUAUAUGAGUUCCUCUUCCUGGAGACGUGGCCUAGGAGGGACAAUAACCCUGAGUAUAUUCGACGAAGGGAGCACAUGUUGGCGUUGCUGGACAACUACCACGGCGCCUCACGUUUCAAUGCGAAGAACUUCUUGGACCGGCUGGAGUGUACUUUGUUGAGUCGGAGCAGGAGCUCCGGGUCGCGAGGGAGUGCGGGAGGGGGACCUCCAGGCCCUCUGGGCGGUGGAGGGGGUGGGGGAAGCAGCAAGGGGACAGGAGAGGGCGCCGCAUCAGGGGGAUCGGUUGGCACUCACGACCAGGGCAAAACAGUGGAAAGCGGCGGCUGGGUCGGGUUGUUGAACGUUGCUGACAAGACGACCGUCGGGGCCAGCAAAUCGGCUAAGUUUGCCGACAUCCGAACUUCUCAGAACGUGGAGCCGCCGCCUUUGGACGCUGCAAAGUCUGUCGGCGUCCGCGCUGCAUCCACUACACAUUGGUCGGCCCUCCCCUCGAUGACUGAAUUCGCCGCUUCCGUUGGCACCGGGAGAGGCUCGAGUGUCGGUGUUCCGAUCACCGGCGUCAAGUACAAGUCCGCCGCCCUCCGAACGAAGCCUCCUGAGGUACACGAUGGGGAGCUCGUCCUGCGCAGCGCCACAGGAGCAGAAGUGUCGGAAACGGGUGCCAAAACGAAGUCCGCCGGAAUCCGCAUUUCGGUCUCGUCCGGUGCGACGUCCGACGACUUUCCUUCGCUGCAGGGGACUGCAUCGGUCGUCGGAGACGGGCAGCCUACAAAGUUCAAUGCACGGUUGGACAGAGGGGCGUCGUCUGUGCUCUGCAAUUCGAUCUCCGCCAGUAUCUGAACUUGUUGGGGAACGGACCUGCAGUCAGGGGUCGUCGAGCAGCCGGAAGAUAAGACGU